AUGGUGUGGAGUAUAUGGAAGCGCAUAAAUAAUCAAGUAUGGGAUAAUAUCACCGACUCCGACCAAACUGUGGUAGAACGAGCUAGACAUUUAAUAACAAGCUGGCGUGAUGCACAACAGAUCCGCUCUCUAACCAACACUGUUCAGACAGUCCCGCAGAAGAUGAUUUGGGUCAAGCCAAGUCAUGGAAGGUACAAGUGCAAUGUAGAUGCUUCUUUUUCCCUUACUCAUAACAAAGUGGGUAUUGGUAUGUGUAUAAGGGAUGACCAUGAAAGGUUUGUGGCUGCCAGAACACAAUGGGUAGAACCUAUUCUUGAUGUGGAGCAUGGAGAAGCCAUUGGUUUGUUACAGGCUUUAAAAUGGGCGGUGGACCUACAAUUACACGACAUAGACUUUGAGAUGGAUUGCAAACGGGUAGUAGAUAGUCUUUAUAGCAAAAGAACCUAUUUUUCUGAUCUUGGAGCUAUCUUAGGUGAUUGUAGAACUAUUUUAGCUUCUACUCUUGUGAACUCUCAUGUUAAGUUCAUCCGGAGACAAGCAAAUGAAGUUGCUCAUAGGCUUGCCGGGGCGGCUACAUCGUUAGCUAGUUUCCAUAAUUUUAUCGAUAUUCCUACAUGUAUUUACGAUAUUAUUAUGAAUGAAAUGAGAUAA